AUUUCACGCAGACCGUUAAAACGUGCCGUAGUAGGAUUAAAUCAUUUCGUACCUAGGAACAGGUUAACCGCUUCAGGUACGAAAUGGCUUAAUCCUACUACGGCACGUUUUAACGGUCUGCGUGAAAUCUGUAAAACUUUAGGAUUGGCUUAUUCGGUUGUAUUGGAGUGUGGUUGUAGAGAGCGAGCGGUCGUGUCAUUUAUUUUCGGGCGGCGUGACGAGGUGAGGAGAGAAGAAAUGCGUACCGAAGUCAUAAUUACCGUAUUUUUACCGAUAACUACUAUUCAGAACUUUGCACAGCAUAAAGCUGGAAUUGUAUAA